AUGGAACAAGUGGACGUGCUCAUUUGCGGCAGUGGCUCGGCGGGUCUCUGCGCGGCGACCUGGCUAGCACGCUACGGCGUCAAAUGCAAGGUGCUCGAGCGCCGCGAUGGUCCGAUGAAGAUGGGACAGGCAGACGGCGUACAGUGCCGCACCGUGGAGAUCUUCGAGAGUUUCGGCGUCGGCGAGGAACUGCUGCGCGAAGCAUAUCACGUUCUGGAGGUGAAUUUCUGGGCCGAUGAGGGCUCGGGGGUCAUCAAGCGCACUGGGCGCGCCGCCGACGUGCAGCCCGGGCUGUCGCACCAGCCUCAUGUCAUUCUGAACCAGGCGCGCAUUAAUGGACUCCUAAUUGAUCUCAUGCGCAAGUAUAAUGACCAGAAUAUCGACUACGGGUACAAUGUAACCAACGUCGAGGUGGACAGCGCCUCUGGGGCGGAUCUUGAUGCUUACCCGGUGAUGGUGACGGCGGAGAAGAAUGGGGUCACUCAAAUCUUCGCAGCCAAGUAUGCCCUGGCCUGCGAUGGGGCUCACAGCGUUGUCCGCAAAGCCCUUGGUUACAGGAUGAUUGGGGACAGCAGCGAUGCCGUCUGGGGCGUCAUGGACAUGGUGCCGCGAACAGACUUCCCUGACAUCCGCAAGAAGACCACUAUCCGCUCAACCGCGGGUAAUAUCUUGAUCAUUCCACGCGAGGGUGAGAGCAACAACUUGACCCGGCUCUACAUCGAGUUGCCUCCGGGGACCAACCCCAAGGACGUCAAAUUAGAGAACUUGCAGCGACAAGCGCAACGUAUCUUUCACCCGUACAAAGUGGAAUUUGUUGAGACCGUGUGGUGGUCGGCGUACGCCAUCGGCCAACGACAUGCCGACUUUUUCCACAAGAAUUACCGCGUCUUCCUCGCCGGGGAUGCCUGCCACACCCACUCUCCAAAGGCCGGCCAGGGGAUGAAUGUCAGCCUACAAGAUGGAUAUAAUAUCGGUUGGAAGCUAGGUCAGGUCUUGACGGGGCUGGCGGUCCCCGACAUUUUGAAGACGUAUGUGCUGGAGCGCGAGAAAGUUGCCAUUGACCUGAUCAACUUUGAUCGCUACUUCUCAAAAUUGUUUUCGUCCGGCUCAUCUGGAAAGAAGGCCACCUCGGCCGAGUUCCAGGAAGGGUUUACGAAGUCAGGCAAAUACACUGCUGGCUUGACAGCCAAGUAUGAUGUCUCGCCCAUCACGGCAGCUUUGGAAUCGACCCAACUCGCAUCAAAUGUUGUCGUUGGCAUGCGCCUGCCCAGCGCACAGAUCGUCCGAUUCUGUGAUUCCAAGCCCAUGCAACUCAUGCAGUCUCUCAAAUCUGAUGGCCGUUGGCGUGUGAUAGUGUUUGGAGGUGACCUUUCCGUUCCGGAGAGCCAGGAAAAGUUGAAUGCGCUCGGAAAUUAUCUGGACUCCCCUGGUGGGCCUAUUCGUUCCUUCACGCCUCAGUCUGUCCAUGCGGACAGCCUGAUUGAGACUAUUCUGGUGGGCCACGGAAAGCGCCACGAUGUUGAACUAGAGCAGAUUCCUGAGUGUUUCUACCCAGUGUCUGGCAAGAAUCAGACCAGAGACUUGCACAAGAUCUUCUAUGAUGAUGAGGCCUACAACUUGAUCCACGGUCAUGCCUACGGCUUCUUGGGCAUUGAUCCAAAACAAGGAGCCAUUAUUAUCGUUCGCCCCGAUCAAUAUGUCUCUGCCGUGAUGCGCCUCGGUGAGUACUCCGAGAUCGGAAAAUUCUUCGCCGGAUUCUUGAAACGUCAAACGUAG